AUGCCCUACAUCUGCAAGCGUCCUGCCAGUCCCACCAUCACUACAGCCAAGCCUGUCACUUGUCCUGCUCCUGCUCUCUGCCCCACCACCACGACAGCCAAGCCUGCCACCUGUCCUACUCCUGCUCCCUGCCCCAUCUGUCCCGCUACCACCAAGCCUGCCACCUGUCCUGCUCCUGCUCCCACUACAGCCAAGCCUGCCACCUGUCCUACUGUCACCUGUCCUACUCCUGCUCCCACUACAGCCAAGCCUGCCACCUGUCCUACUCCUGCUCCCUGCCCCACCACCACUCCCGCCCAGCCUGUCACCUGUCCUACUCCUGCUCCCUGCCCCACCACCACUCCAGCCAAGCCUGUCACCUGUCCUACUCCUGCUCCCACUACAGCCAAGCCUGCUACCUGUCCUACUCCUGCUCCCUGCCCCACUACGGCCAAGCCUGCCACCUGUCCUAUUCCUGCUCCCUGCCCCACCACCACUCCAGCCAAGCCUGUCACCUGUCCUACUCCUGCUCCCACUACGGUCAAGCCUGCCACCUGUCCCACUCCUGCUCCCUGCCCCACGACGACGGCCAAGCCUGCCACCAGUCCUGCCGGCCCUCCUCCGACCGAUGGGGAGCUCGAGAUGUGCGCAAUCUCCACCAAUGACAAGGCGUGUUCAUCCCACAACGUGACAUGCUCGUGCCUGCUCGCCAUGAUUGCCAACCCGAUGGGCGGAUUCCAAGGCGUGCUCGACGGUCUCAGUGUGGCCCGGAGCAUUGUCAUCAGAGGACAAUCCAAUGCCAAAGCAAAGAAGCUGGUGGUCAACCUGGACGCGCGCGACGCCAACAGCAAGAACGUUACCGCAGCGCUGCACCUGAAUAUGGACUUGGUGAGUCAAACCUUCACCCUCAACUCUAGAGUGGACCGCAAGUGGGGUGACAGCAGACCGGGGACCUUCCCCGACGGACGCCCCUUCGGAAGCCGGUCUCCCCUUCAAGAUUGUCAUCAAGUGCGGCGGGAUGGCAAUUUCCACCUGGACUUCAACGACGAGCUCCAGCAGGACUUCGCAGGUCCUCAACUGAUAUCGGGAGCAUCAACUGGUUGGAGGUGUGGCAAGUGA